UCCAGAUCCGCAGUACCCCGGAGUCUUAUUUUCUGUGGGCGGUCAGGCCAAAGAUACCCUUUGUCAAAGAGGAUGGAGUUGGGAAAAGGAAGACUUCUCAGGACUGGGCUGAAUGCAUUGUAUCAGGCAGUUCACCCAGUUCAUGGCCUUGUCUGGACUAAUGGGACCCAGAUAGUCCUGACUGAUUUACAGCUUCACAGUGGAGAGGCCAGGUUUGGGGACUCAGAGGUCAUCGGACAGUUUGAACAUGUGUGUGGAGUGUCCUGGGCCCCACCUGGCACAGUGGACAGGCCUGCUCUGCUCGCUGUGCAGCACAAGAAGCAUGUCAUUGUGUGGCAGCUGUGUCCCAGCAGUACGGGGACCAACAAACGGCUGAUGUCUCAGACCUGUGAGAUUAGAGAAACACUCCCUGUCCUUCCCCAGGGCUGUGUGUGGCAUCCAAAAAGUGCCGUCCUGGCUGUGUUGACUGCUCGGCACGUCUCCAUUUUCCACAGUGUUCACUGCAACAGUUCCCGGGUGAAAGCAGACAUUGACACCCAGGGCCCCAUUCACUGUGCGUCUUGGACCCAGGAUGGCCAGAGGCUGGUGGUGGCAGUUGGCAGCAGCCUGCAUUCCUACAUUUGGGACAGUGCUCAGAGGACCCUUGGCAGGUGCUCCUUCCGCCCAGUGUUUGAUGUGCACAGCUCCGUGCGCUCCAUCGGAGCCACCGUAGACUCACAGGUCGCUGUAGCCACUGAGCUCCCACUAGAUAAGAUCUGUGGCUUAAAUGCAUCUGAAAGCUUUGACGGUCCACCUAGCGGUGAGGACCCUUGUACUUUCCCAGUUAUUGAUGAAGUACCCACCGCGGGUAAGGGGACAGUUGCUUCUAACACAGAUGUUGAAACAUCAGUUUCUCCCAUUUCUUCCUUUUCAGAUCCUGUGGAUCUAACUCAUAUGCAUUUCAGUACGUCAGAGUCUGAGGGUAGUUCUCUUAUUUGUCUAAGAAAAAAAGACUACUUGACAGGAACUGGCCUGGAUUCUUCACAUUUGGUCCUUGUGACCUUUGAGAAGGAGGCUACCCAGACCAGAAAAGUUGCCAUUUCAGGCAUUCUGGUUCCUGAUCUAAUAGCAUUCAAUCUUACAGCACAGGUGGUAGCAGUAGCUUCUAAUACUUACAAUAUAAUUUUUAUCUAUUCUGUCAUUCCAUCAUCUAUGCCAAACAUCCAGCAGAUUCAACUCGAGAGAAGUGAAAGGCCAAAAGGUAUGUGUUUCUUGACAGAUAAGUUACUAUUAAUUUUGGUAGGAAGACAAAAAUCCACUGAUUCAGCAUUUCUUCCUUCUUCAAAGACUGAUCAAUAUAUCAUGCGUUUGAUUGUUAGAGAAGUAGCAUUGGAAAAAGAAUUGCCAGUAACAUCGAGUGAAAACCAGAGUGGAUACUCUACUUUCAGGACUCUGUUAAACAAAACAGACAGAAAAAAGCUAAUUGAAAGUCUUUACCCAGAUCUGUGCCACCAAAACAGAGGGCUUUUCACAUCUAACAGCUGUAGUCUGUGCGAAAGGCCUGGAAGAACCCUUAUUGAAGAAGUCAGGAGUCCUCCAAGCCAAACUCUAGAUGCUGAGCCCGUUAACCGCUCAGGGACCCGGCCCAGGUCCAGCAGCACGCCAGACCACGCCAGCACUCCGGGACCUCCUAAUCUGCCUCAAAGCAAGAACACACAGAAGGAAGAGGAAACUUACCGACUGUCUAAGGAAAUGGAAAUUUUGUCUAGGACCCUGACUGAAGUGCAGCGAUGUCUUUCUGAACUCACAGACACCUUACCUAAUGGGAAGAAGUCCUCUCCUGUGUAUCCCCCGCCCUGGGACCUGCCUUACGUGCACAUCACUUAUCAGAAAUCUCAUGAUGCAGGUCCUGUUGAAAAAAGAGCCAUGCUCCUCUGCAAUGGCCAACUAAGGCUCAGCACAGUUCAGCAGACUUUUGGCCUCUCUCUUAUUGAAAUGCUCCAUGACUCACACUGGAUCCUUCUCUGUGCUGAUCGCGAAGGCUUCAUCCCGUUAACUUUCACAGCCACUCAGGAAAUAACCAUAAGAGAUGGCAGCUCAAAUGUCUGCAGAGACUCCGUCUCAGAGUCUCAUCCUGGUCCUUCUCUUGAAGUCUUUAGAGAGCUUACUGUCCAAAGUGCAGAUGCCACCAGCUCUCCUACCCAUUUAGGCAGUGUGGCCUGAUACUUUUUUUUUUUAAUAUUUAUUUAUUUAUUUAUUUAUUUUGAGAGAGAGAGAGAAUGAA